AUGUCUGCAACGACAACGGCCGCCGCCGCCGCCGCCACGGGCGCGAGGCCUCAAGGCGGCAUUCUCGAGGGCCUCAAUCCCAUCCACUACAACCCCAAAGAUCCCAUUGCCCUCUUCAUCGUGCAGGCAUGCAUCAUCAUCAUCUUCUGCCGCCUCCUGCACUACCCGCUCUCGCGGUUCGGCCAGCCCCGUGUCAUCGCAGAGGUCAUCGGCGGCAUCGUCCUGGGCCCCUCGGUCAUGAUGCGCAUCCCCGGCUUCCAGGAGAACAUCUUCCCCACCGCCUCGAUGCCCGUCCUCUCCAACGUUGCAAACCUCGGCUUGCUCCUUUUCCUGUUCCUCGUCGGCCUCGAAGUUGAUACUCGCAUGUUCCGCAGCAACUGGCGCGUUGCCCUUAGUGUGGGCCUCGCCAGCAUGAUUAUCCCCUUCGGUCUCGGUGUCGCUGUCGCCUGGGGCCUCUAUCACGAGUUCCGCGCCGAGAGCACCCUGGAGGACAUGUCGUUUGGUACCUAUGCGCUCUUCAUUGGUACCGCUCUGGCCAUCACUGCCUUUCCCGUUCUGUGCCGUAUUCUGUCUGAGCUGCAACUGCUUGGUACUGCCGUCGGUGUGACGGUUCUCGCGGCUGGAAUUGGCAACGACGUUACUGGAUGGGUUCUCUUGGCCCUGAGCGUUGCUCUGGUUAACAACGCAUCUGGUCUGACAGCUCUCUACGUAUUCUUGACCGCUGUUGCGUGGGUGCUUUUCCUCGUAUUCGCUGUCCGACCCGCCUUCAUCUGGAUUCUGCGCCGCAACAACAGCAUCCAGAACGGGCCCUCUCAGACCAUGACGGGUUUAACCCUACUUUUGGUGCUGAUCUCCUCCUGGUUCACUGCCGCCAUUGGCGUCCAUGCUAUUUUUGGCGCUUUCCUAGUCGGCCUCAUCUGCCCUCACGAUGGAGGUUUCGCUAUCAAGCUCACUGAGAAGAUUGAAGAUUUGGUCACGGUGCUCCUGCUGCCUCUCUACUUUGCACUCUCAGGUCUGAACACCAACCUUGGCUUGCUCAAUGAUGGCAAGACCUGGGGCUAUGUGGUUGCCGUUAUUGCCUGCGCCUUUUUCGGCAAGAUUAUCGGCGGCUCCCUCGCCGCUCGAUUGUGCAAUUGCCUCUGGCGCGAGAGCUUCACCAUUGGUGCUCUUAUGAGUUGCAAGGGUCUCGUCGAACUUAUUGUCUUGAACAUUGGCCUGCAGGCUGGCAUUCUCUCGCAGCGCACCUUUACCAUUUUCGUCGUCAUGGCACUGGUCACCACCGUCACAACCACGCCUCUGACGCGGUACCUCUAUCCUGUGUGGUAUCGUGAGAAGGUUGACAAGUGGCGCCGUGGCGAGAUUGACUGGGAGGGCAACCCGCUUGUUACCGAGGCCCAGGCCUCCGAGCACCGGAUGGAGGAGGCCCUAGACAAGGCCCAGACCCGCCGCUUGACCCUGCACCUCCGUCUCGACGCUCUCUCCGGACUCUUCAACCUCGUCGCCCUUCUUGGAGACGCCAAGAAGGCCUCGGAAACAAACCCUCCUGCAAAGGACAAGGAAGAGGAUGGAGCGGCCGCAACCGCAACCGCUCCUCCCAGCGUGAUUUCCAUGGAGCCCAGCCGACCCCCUACCGCUCGCCCGCUCGAAGUCCACGGUGUUCGCCUGGUGGAGCUCACAGACCGUACCUCUUCGGUCAUGCAGUCUGCGGAACUGGACGAAUUCGCUAAUCGCGAUGCCGUUUUUUCAGCUUUCCAGACUUUCUCCCGACUCAAUGGCGUUGCUGUGGCAGGUCAAGUCUCGAUUAUUCCCACGGCAGCAUAUGCGGAGACUAUCUCCAAGCGUGCCGAGGAGGCCAAAUCCGACUUUAUGCUCAUUCCCUGGAGCUCCCAUGGUAGCCUUUCCGAGGAUAACUCGUCAGUUCCGUUUGAGGCCAGCUCACCAAACGACCGGUUCUUCAGCAAGUCUUACAUCGAUUACGUCCAGGGUGCUAUUGACCGCGCCACUUGUACCACCGGAAUUUACAUCAACCGAGGCAUCGAGGAUACGAGCGGGUCUAAGCGACCAACUCUUUCUCGAAGCCCGUUUACUGGACUCUCCGUGCACAGCACCCAUGAUGGACCCGUCCUGCGUACACCUGUGGAUCACGACCAGCGAAUCUUUGUUCCGUUUAUCGGUGGCAAAGACGACCGAAUGGCUCUUCUCUUUGUUCUGCAGCUGGCCCACAACCCUCACGUUUCCAUCACCGUCGCCCACUUUAACUUUGGCGAUGAUGAUGUAGAAGCUCACGCCUCUCCGGACAGCGAUCCUUCUACUAGCAACGGCCUGGUCAAGAAUGUCGCCGGCGAGCUCUCUGCCACUGAUCUUGAUCUGUUGAACACGGCCAAGAAGAACGCUUCCAAGACGCUAGAGGGUCGUGUGACGUUUACCGAAGUUGCCGUUGACUCGAUUCGCAAUCUUCCCGCGCGGGCCGUUGAAGUGGCGCGCGAGACGGUGGGCAAGUCUCGCCUGAAUGUUGGUGACUUGAUCGUUACCGGACGAAACCACGCCUGCUUUGAGACCUUGCUCCACGCCGACUUUGGACUAGAGCGGGAGUUCCAGCGAACGGUUGGUGUUUUGGGUGACCAGAUUGCUCGCGCUGGCAUCAACGCGGGCCUGUUGGUUAUUAACGACGGGGGAUCGAAGUGA